GUCGCCGACCACUCCUUUAAAUAUCCCCAUUCCUUCCACUUUCCUCUCAUACUUUCACACGCUAAUACUUUCUCAUUACACAAAUUAAAAAAUAGUCAAUAAUUUAAUAUGAAUAAACAUCACAUUCUUCAGGAAGAUCAUCAAAAUUCUUCUGGCAGUUCUUUAGCCAUGAGUUCCUCUUUUGGAACAACUACUCCAGAAAGACUUUCUUCUUUUUCUCAAGAGUCUGAAUCUGCUGCUAGCACUCUUCAGAGUCCAUCUUCUUCAGAUUACUCACCCAGAAUUACUCCAAGUCAUGAUGAUUCAGCUGUAAUUAUUCAGAAGAGGAAAUUUGGGAAGAAGGCAAAAAGUUAUGCAUAUAGAAUUCGUGAGCAUGUGAAAUUGGGUUCGAAGUUUUCAGAAACGGUGAAGGGGAAAUUGACGAUAGUGAAAGAAGGAGGGAGAAGAAAUAUAUUCAGGCAUAUGUUUCAUGUGAAUGAUGGCGAGAUAUUGCUUAAGGCAUCGCAGUGCUAUUUGUACACAACAGCAGGUCCAAUUGCUGGGAUUUUAUUCAUAUCAACUCAUAAAAUUGCUUUCUGCAGUGAAAGACCCAUCUCUGUUCCGUUUCCCUCUGGAGGAAUUCUCAGAACACCUUACAAGGUGGUUAUUCCAGUGACGAAAAUUAAAAGAGCUCUUCCGAGUGUAAACGAGAACAAGCCAUCUCAAAAGUACAUAGAAAUAGUAACUGAAGAUGAUUUUGAGUUUUGGUUUAUGGGUUUUGUACGAUAUGAAAAAGCUUUCUUGAAUUUACAAAGAGCUAUUUCGAUGUCAAAUUAAAUGUUUUAGACAUAUAAUGUUUAGGAUUUUAAAGAGUCAUUGUUAGUAUCUAAGUUUUUUCUUUUCCUUUUUAAAUUUUUUGUUGAAUUGGCGGCAUUUUAGGACUGGUUAUUCUUUGUUCUUUUCUGUGGAUGAUCAUAAUUUCAACUAUUUUGGCUAUAGGGAUAUGGAUUUUAUGUUCAAGUGUAAUUAUCUAUGGUUAUUUGAGGUACUUUCCCUGAAAA